CCCGAGGUGCUCGUGCCUCCCGCCAGACUGGAGACACUCGUGGAGCAGGCUCUGGAGUAUCAGAUGGACAAGUGCCAGUUCCACAACGCCCCGGCCAAACCGCUCACGUUGUACAAGAACUACAGCUGUGGCAAGGAGCAGCUGCCCAUCAAAACCGUGCAGAGGCUCGCCGCUCACGCCGAUGAGGUCUGGCACCUGGCGUUUUCUCACGACGGGAAGCGGCUCGCGUCCGGGAGCAAGGACGGAUCCGUGGUCGUAUACGACGUCCUCGGACGGAAACCGGUGGCGUUUUUGCUGUGGUCUCCGGACGAUUCGUACGUCGUGUCCACCGCGGGCAACGCCGCGUACGUGUGGAACGCCGAAACGGGCGAUCUGCACGCCACGUGCGCGGGCGGCCACGUGCAUCACAUCACCGCGGCGGCGUGGUGGCCCGACGGGAGCCGACUGGUCACCUGCGGGCUGGACAAAGCCGCGCAGGCGUGGACGCUCGACGGGGUGCGCGCGGGGGGUUGGCACAGCGCCAGGAUGAACGACAUAGCGAUCACCCACGACGGCAAAUACGCGGUGAGCAUAUGCAUGGAGCAAAACGUCACCUUGCGCAGGCUGGGGGACGGUCGGGAGUUCAAGGUCAAGGAGACUGAUAAUCUCAUGUCGCUGAGCCUCUCGGCCGAUUCGACCUGGCUGCUGGUGAACCUGUCCAACUCGGAGAUUCACCUGUGGGACGUCAACAGACUCAUCGAAAAGAUGGAGGAGGAGGAACGCGCGGCGAUACCCGUGGGCGGCCGUUUCGUAACCCGCAGCUGCUUCGGCGGGGGGAAUCAGGCUUUCGUAAUGGCCGGCGGCGAGGACGCAUCCUUGUACAUCUUCCACCGCAAGUCCGGCGCACAGCUGUGCGAGAUCCCCGGUCACUUCAACACGAUCAACACGGUGAGCUGGAACCCCUCCAAUCCGUUCAUGGCGGCGUCGGGGAGCGACGACUGCGAGGUUCGCAUCUGG